GACAAAAGAAGAAAACAAUUUCGUGUGUUUUCACAUGGAACUUCUGUUGUUAUUUCAUGAUUUCUUUUUUCCUUUUGUGAUUGGAUUUUGGUUCAUCAAGUGCAAACUUGUUUGCUGUUGUGGUUAUGAUUUUGAUAAUGGGGUUAUGCUCAAUUAUCUAGUGAUUUUCCUUGAGCUUAUUGAUUGCUGGUCUUUAUUCUUGUUGAUGUUUGAUUAGAGCUACUUGUUUCUUUUCCUUCUCAAACAUCAUAAGGUGUCGAUGGAAAAUUUGGGGCUUCUUUUGUCUAACUUUUCCUCCACCAUUAUAUGUGAAUUGUAGACUCUGGAGAAUUGCGGAACCCCCAAAUCCGUGUAGGUAUGAAUCUGGAGCAAGUUUUGUAACUUGUAAGUAGAAAGAUUCCAAGGAUACCUAAUACAAACAACAGAGACCUAAAGAACAACCAAAAUAAUAAUAAUAAUUAAUCAACAUAUGAUUCCAAGGACACCUAAUACAAACAACAGAGACCUAAAGAACAACCAAAAUAAUAAUAAUAAUUAAUCAACAUAUGGAGGGUUGAUAUAAUAUGCCAUUUGAUAGCCGCUCCAGCAAUAUCACAAAACAUCUGACGCAUGAAGAUGCCUCCUAUGAUGUGUUAGUUUCAUUUCUAUAUUUCUGUAUGUUUUGAAAAUACAAGCAUCUGUUUCCAUGUUUUAUUUGCUAUAAGUAUUUGUGCUAGUUCCUUCUGUUGCUUCCAAGAUUUUGAGAGAAAGGAAGGUGGGUGAUGGUUAGGGAGAUGACAACUACACCAACUUCAAUGAAUGGGGGAGAUGGAGAGUAUAGCUACACCCGCAAUUCCUCUUCACAGGGAGUAGCCUUUGAGCUUGUGAAGUCAUUGAUCAAUGAAGGAAUUGCUACAAAGCUUGAUCUUAUUCAACUCAUAUCGCCUUCGUCCCCAAAAAUGUUAAGGAUUGCUGAUUUGGGAUGCUCUGUUGGGCCUAACACAUUCAUAUCAGUGCAAGAAAUAACAAAUUAUCUGAAACUAAAAUGCCUAGAACAAGAUCAUGAUGUUGAAUUCCAAGUGUUUUUCAAUGACCAAUUCUCGAACGAUUUCAACACACUCUUUAAGAAUCUUCCAUCUGAUAGGCAGUAUUUUGCAGCUGGUGUGCCGGGGUCUUUUCAUGAUCGUUUGUUCCCUAAGAAUUUUCUUCAUUUCAUGCACUGCUCAUAUUCACUGCAUUGGCUCUCAAGUGCACCUAAAGAGUUGGUGGAUCAAGACUCCCCUGCAUAUAAUAAAGGGAGGAUCUAUUAUGCAGCUGCCCCCACAGCAGUUGUUCAGGCCUACUCAAAUCAAUUUGCAAAGGACAUUACUUCUUUUCUGAAUGCAAGAUCACAAGAGGUUGUCCCUGGAGGGCUUAUGACACUUGUGAUACCAGGUGUUCCAGAUGGUGUCCCUCAUUCACAGUGCGGUUUUGUUGCAACUCAUGCUUUAAUUGAAGCCUGUCUCAUAGACAUCCACCAUCAGGGACUAAUCAGUGAAGCUAAGAUUGACUCCUUCAAUAUGCCCAUAUACAGCCCAACUGCACCAGAGAUGAAGGCUUUGAUAGAGAAAAAUGGUUGUUUUAGCAUCGAAAAGAUGGAAUCAAUAAUCUAUGGUGAGGAAGUAGUAAAAUUAUUAUAUAUAGAUGAACAAAUGUUAAGUUCACAACUAAGAGCUGUUUGGGAGGGAAUUAUCAGUGAGCACUUUGGAAACGAUAUUGUUGACGAACUUUUUGAUCAGUAUGCCAAGAGAUUUGCAGAGGCUUUCGUGGGUUCCAAGCCAAGAAACGAUGGGGAAUGGUUCUGAUAUUUGCGCUUCUCAAGCGCAACCUCUGAUGGCUUGAUGUUUUCAAUUGAUUUGAGUUUCUUUCACAACAAUAAAAUCAAAUGCACUAUCGAUUGAAAUUAUUCUCAAUCUAUCUCUUGUUUAUGAGGAAAGACUAUAUAUUUACCUUCUGUAAUCGUUAGUGUUGUGAGACUUCUCUACAUGCAUAUGUGUGAAUCUGAUAUAAG